AUGGCCAUGCGAGUCACUCAUCUCCACCUCCCUUCCUCGAACGUGAAGCUCUUCUAUCGCGAACAGGGGCUUGCCACGUCACCCGUUCUCCUCAUGCUUCAUGGCUUUCCAUCUUCUUCCCACCAGUAUCGCAAAUUAAUACCACUCUUAUCGCAAAAAAACCGACUGAUUGCGCCCGAUCUUCCCGGCUUCGGUUUCACAGAGGCGCUGUCCGAGUUCAAGUACAGUUUUGCCCAUUAG